CGAACAUGAUGAUGCGGAAAAGCCCUUUCGCAGCUUCUGGUUCUUGUGUUUCUCAGCUUCUUCAACAACAACAAAUGGAAAUGGUGAUUAUAGCAAUCCUAAUAGUGUUGCCGAUGCCGUUGCUUCUUUCAAUCAGUUGCUUAGCAUUCGUCCAGUGCCAUCCAUUGUGGAAUUUAACAAGUUAUUAGGGUCCAUUGUGAAAAACAAGCACUACUCUACUGUAAUCUCUUUCUUCAAACAAAUGGAUUUGUCAAAUAUCAGACCUAAUGUUGCUACUCUUACCAUUUUGAUUAACUGCUUCUGCCACUCCAACCAUCAGCACAUUCCUUUUGCAUUCUCUGUUUUUGGUAAAAUGUUCAAACUUGGACUUCAACCCACUCUUGUCACUUUCAAUACCCUACUUAGCGGCCUUUGCUCUAAGGCCAAAAUAAUGGAUGCAGUAAAAUUGUUUGAUGAGAUGGUAAAGAUGGGGCAUGAACCUGAUGUGAUUACUUAUAGUACUAUAAUUAAUGGUUUAUGCAAAAUGGGCAACACGACCAUGGCACUUCAGUUGCUCAAGAAGAUGGAAGAAAAAGGUUGUAAGCCAAAUGUGGUGGCAUAUAAUACAAUCAUAGAUGGCCUUUGUAAAGAUAGACUGGUAACUGAAGCCAUGGACUUCAUUUCUGAAAUGAUCAAGGAAGGAAUUCCACCAGAUGUUUUUACUUACAGCUCAAUUCUGCACGGUUUUUGCAAUUUAGGACGAGUGAAUGAAGCAACUAGCUUGUUCAAGCAAAUGGUUGAAAGGAAUGUUAUUCCAAAUAAAGUGACAUUCACUAUUUUAAUUGAUGGACUCUGCAAAAAAAGGAUGAUUUCAGAAGCUUGGCUUGUUUUUGAAACGAUGACUGAAAAGGGUUUAGAACCAGAUGUUUACACUUACAACGCUUUGAUGGAUGGAUACUGUUCUCGAAGCCAAAUGGAUGAGGCCCAAAAAUUGUUCAACAUCAUGGAUCGCAAGGGUUGCGCACCUAAUGUUCGAAGUUAUAACAUAUUGAUCAACGGGCACUGUAAGAGUGGAAGGAUUAAUGAGGCAAAAGGACUCCUUGCUGAAAUGUCUCAUAAAUCAUUGACCCCUGAUAUUUUCACUUACAGUACUCUUAUGAGAGGUUUUUGCCAAGUAGGGAGACCUCAGGAGGCACGGGAACUUCUUAAGGAGAUGUGCUUUUAUGGCCUGCUUCCAAAUUUGAUAACUUACUCUAUUGUGCUAGAUGGCUUAUGCAAACAUGGCCAUUUGGACGAGGCAUUCGAACUGCUCAAUGCAAUGCAGGAGAGCAAGAUAGAACCAAAUAUUUUCAUUUAUACUAUCCUUAUUGAAGGGAUGUGCAAUUUUGGCAAGCUUGAGGCUGCAAGGGAAGUGUUCUCCAAUCUUUUUGUUAAAGGAAUACAACCUACUGUGGUUACAUACACUGUCAUGAUCAGUGGACUUUUGAAAGGAGGACUAUCAAAUGAAGCAUGUGAGUUGUUUAGAGAAAUGGCAGUUAAUGGCUGCUUGCCGAAUGGUUGCACUUACAAUGUAAUCAUCCAAGGAUUUCUUCGAAACGGUGACACAUCAAAUGCAGUACGACUAAUCGAAGAAAUGGUUGGUAAAGGAUUCUCUGCAGAUUCGUCUACAUUUAGAAUGUUAUCGGAUCUGGAAUCAAGUGAUGAAAUCAUAAGUCAAUUUAUGCGUGGAAGCUCUCAAGAUAGGAAAACGAAGUGAAAUUUUCCCAUCAACCGUAGUUUUCAUCAAAAUAGCUAGGUUUUCGUACACCCUUUCAAGUUUUUGCACUGCACAUAUUUUGAGCCUUGAUGAGCAAUUUCUUACGCGCCAGCGACUAUUACUAGUAAUGUGAAUAGAUGAUCCAUUAAUUGAUUAUAUAUUGAUAAUAUUUUAUUUAUUGUAAGUGCUUAAGACUAUCAGAAUGGCAAAAUGGAAAGUUGCAGUUU